AUGCCCAAGCCGAGGCAAGAGGACACGAUGGCCGGCCAAAUCGAGCCAACCUUCAACUGGGAGACGAGGAUCCCGCACACAGUGGUGCUAAUGCUGAAGUCCACCGAGGAGGACCUCAUUCUCAAAGCAUGCCAGUCGCUGUACAAGUUCGCGCACGAGGGUGAACUGAACCAGAACCUGCUGAUCCAGUACGAUAUCUUAGUCCUACUACUGGAUCACCUGGAGCACCCGAACCGCAACGUGCGCCGUAUGUCGGCCAUGACGCUGAGCGAGCUGUCCGCCAACAACUCGGUGCAAUCGGUGCUCGUUUCCAGCGAAAACGUUGUGCGCCUGGUGCGCGUGCUGCGCGAGGACGACGACUGCGUGGUGGACGAGGUGGCCAGCAGUGCCCUGCUUCGUCUCGCCUCCGACGCCACCGGACGCGCCAUGCUCCUCGGUUAUGAGGCUGUCGGUUCCCUGGUCAAACGUCUCACCUCCAAGGAUCCGGACGUGCUGAAAAACUGUCUGGACACGCUGCUCGUGCUGCUGGAUUUCCCCCAGGCCGUGCAGACGUUUGUCGAGAGUGGAGGAGUCUCGAAUGCGCUUGGUCUGCUCGGUAGCGACUAUCCUGUUCUGCAGAGCCUAUCGCUGUCUGCUCUGAGAAAGGCGAUGCGUUCAGAAGGUGGUCGCAUCGCCAUUCGGGAUGAGGGCGGACUGGAGAAGCUAAUCACAUUGCUGGAAGAUCCCAAGCUCGAGGAUCUUCACUCGAGCUCACUUUCUGUCCUCGACGGUGCCAUCCUCGACAUCAACAACAUCCACGCUAUCCACGAGUUCGGUGGCCUGGUCAAUCUCCUGACGUUCAUCCAGACCACCACUGUGCUGGACGUGCUGGAGCAGUGCGGCUUCCUUCUGGCGAAGAUGUCCGAAAACGCAGAAGUACGCGAGAUCUUCCACGAGCUCAGCGUAGAGCCAGUGCUGGUGUCCAGCUUGCUCGCUACCGGACACGCCGGCAGUCAGAACGGAGCAGCGCGCGCCGUCGGCCACAUGUGCCACAUGCUGGAGGCGCAGGAGGAGCUGGUGCGAUUGGACGUGGUGACCAUACUGCUCAGCAUGGUCUCCAACCCGGAGGCGUUCCAGUCUGCCGUGAUGGCGCUGGCCGCCGCCACGCACAACCACCAGCAGGCCUGUCGCCAGGUGUGUGGCAGCGGCCAGCUGGAGCAGCUGGUCGGCCGGCUCGGCAUUCACGACGACGAGACCGUCUCGCACACGGCCACCGCGCUGCGUAAUCUGUCCGAACAGGAGACGCUGCGCCCGGUGGUGGCCGCCAGCAGCGCGCCGGAGCGGCUGGUGGCCUGCCUGGCAGCCGAUUCGCCGGCCGUGCUCGUCAGCGUGUGCGACGCGCUCGGCGUGCUCUGUCUGAACCUGAGCGCGCGACGGCAGGUGGUCCAGUACGACGCCGCCCAGCUCUUCAUGGAUCUGCUGGAGCACGAGAGCGGGGCGGUGCGCGACGCCUGCGUGCGGACACUGCAGGUGAUCGGCUCCGACUUCAGCGCCGCCGAGCAGCUCUGCAGCGGCGGCGCGAUCGGCUCGCUGCGCAGACUGCGCGCCACCUCUACACUGAAAAUCAUCAUGGAAGUGAACCUGUCGGCACUGUACAGCAUCUUCGGCCGUCUGGGCGUGCGGCACAAGCUGUACGACCUGUUCUUCGACUGCGGCCGUCAGGAGACGUGCGAGGCGGUGCCCGACCUCGCCACGCUAAUGGAGCAGCCGCUUAGUCACACUCGCCUGGUGUACCUGCUGCACUCGGGCGCGUGUCCGUACGUCAGUGACGAGGGGCGGCCGGCGGCCGAUCACGCCCAGCCGCCUCACCGGCAGGAGGAGAUCGCAACAGACGGGCAGUCGGCAGAACAGGUGGCUACUGAGCAGGGCCAGCUGGUCACCGAGCGACCGCCGAGUGAUCGCACGCUAGAGGGGGUUCGCCAGCAGCACACGGAAGGAGAACCAGCGGAGGCUGCCAAGUCGUCGACGAGCGAGGGCGAGCCUGAGCAGGUCCGACCGCUGCCGGACGCCCGUCUGGCCGCCUACGUGGAGCACGCCCGUCUGGUCGUGCAGCCGCUGGCCUGCGACCGGGCGCAGAGCUCAGCGCUGGCCCAGUUCGUGGCCCAGCGGCUGGGCGGCGCUGUGGCACGCGAGCACCUUGGCACCUGGUCCGCCGAGAUGCACCUGGCGCAGCUGAAGCGCAGCCGGUGCUCCAACGUCAUCUCCGUGGGCGACGUAGAACGGGCGGGGAUGCGGUGCCGCGCGCUGCUCUUUAAGUUCCUGGCCGACCAGAUUGGCCUGCCGUGCACCCUAUGGCGCGGUGGCGCCGGCCGCCACUGGAACACUGUGCUGCUGCGUGGUGAGCGGCAGAUGGCGCUGCUGGGCCCCUACCUGGACACGGUCGUUGACUUGAUGCACGAGCCCGGCCGACUGAUGCCGGCCGACUCGGCCGACGCCGUCGAGUACACCAGCGGGCUGGGAUCUCGCCACUGA